AUGUUGUACAGUCAUGUGACUCUGCUUAUGCUGCGAGUCGUCGAUGUAGUUGCGAAAACAACGGUCCAACAAUCUGCUCGAAUGCUAGUGGCAGAGAUACCAGGAGAGAUUCAAAUUGGAGCAUUGUUUCCUGUACAUAGGCAAAUCGCUGGCUCCGAAAGUUGCGGCCAAAUUUGGGAACAAUAUGGAAUACAGAGAACUGAGAUUGCGUUACAAACAGUGAGGACCAUAAAUGCGGAGCUACCAUUCAAGCUAGGCAUAUCAGUGAGAGAUUCAUGUUGGACAGAGCGUAUUGCUAUGGAACAAACAAUUGCCUUUCUCCGGGAAGGUGUUGCGCAAUGUUCAUGUUGUCAAACUCCCGGCUGCAACAAAAAAAGUGUCCCUGUUGUGGCAAUAAUAGGACCGGGAAAAAGUGCUUCAACCAUUGCUGUGCAGAACCUACUUCAAGUGUUCCGUAUUCCUCAAGUUGGAUAUUCCUCAACUACCCCUGAUCUCUCUGACAAAGAUCAAUUUGGAUACUUCCUUCGCGUAGUUCCAUCAGAUAAAUGGCAAGCCCAGGCUAUAAUUCGAAUUUUAAAUCAUUAUAACUGGACGUAUAUUGCUGUUUUAUACUCAGCUGGUAAUUAUGGUGAAAAGGGCUUUGAAGCUUUGGAAAGAAUUCUGGGACAAGACAAUUUAGAUGUUUGUAUUGCAUAUUCUGAGAAAAUCAAAUCUCUAGCUAGUGAAAGCGAAUAUAGAAACGUAUUACAAUCACUGACAUCUCAGAAGUCACGACCUCAAGUUGUCGUUUGUUUUUGUGAAGGUUUGACUAUCAGAAACUUUUUUUUGGCACAGAAGGAGCUUCAGAUGACAAACAAAAGUUUUCAGCGUUUUCAAUGGAUUGGAUCUGAUGGUUGGGCAGAUAGAAACGAUGUAGUCGAGGGCAUAGAAGAAGAAGCUGAAGGGGCCUUCAGUAUUCGUAUACACUCGCCUAAGGUUCCCGGUUUUCGAGACUAUUAUACAAGCCUCCAUCCUGAAAACAACACUGUCAAUCCUUGGUAUCGAGAGUUUUGGCAACAGAAGUUUGGCUGUCAGUUCGCUGUCAGUAAAGAAGAUAAGAACAACGAGAACAUAAAAAUAUGUACUGGAAACGAAGAUAUAGAUGAAUAUUACAAAGAGGAUCCAAAACUAUCUCAAGUGAUUAAUUCUAUCCGCGUUAUAGCUAUGGGUUUGAAAGCUAUGUACUAUGAUCGUUGUCGAGACAAUUCGACGCUCUGUACUGAGAUGCUAUCACGUAAUGGCACUUUGUUAUACCAAUAUCUCUUGAAUGUUACCUAUGAAGAUCAGUUUAAGCAGAGAAUAUAUUUUGAUGAUGAUGGUGACCCACCUGCAUGGUAUGAUAUUCUCAAUUAUGUUGGAAGAAAAAAUUUGGACAACCCUUAUGCUGAAGUUGGAAGUUUCCAGUCAGAGAACAGUAAAGGAGAGGAAGAGCUUAAUAUGACUGAUACUAACAAUGUUAUGUUUUAUGAUCGUAGUAAUAUUUUACCGGAGAGUGUUUGUAGUAAUCCUUGUGGAAUUGGACAAAGGCAAAGAGAAACAAUCGCUUGUUGUUGGAUAUGUGAAAACUGUAUGGAUCAGCAGAUUGUGAAUUAUACCACAAAUCAAUGUCAGAACUGUACUAUUGGAACAUGGCCAGAUCCUCUUCGUGCCAAAUGUUUACCACUACCACAUGAAACACUGUCGUGGUCAUCGUUUGGGAGUAUUUUAGCUCUGAUACUCGCAACAGUAGGAAUAAUCAUCACUUUCGCUACUGUCGUUGUUUUCUUAAAACAUAAUAGCACGCCAGUGGUCAAGAGUACGACAAGAGAGCUAAGUUAUAUAAUUUUAACAGGAAUCACCAUUUGCUAUGCUGUAACUUUCUCAAUAUUAGCUCGUCCAUCCGCCAUCAGUUGUUUUCUCACUAGAACCGUGCCGCCAAUCGCAUUCUCUAUAGUUUAUUCUGCACUUUUGACGAAAACUAAUAGGAUAGCUCGUAUUUUAGCGGGUAGUAAGAAGAGAAUUUUAACGAAGAAACCCAGGUUUCUCAGUACAGCAUCUCAGGUUGUCAUAACUUGGAUAUUGGUGGGAAUUGAAAGCGUUAUCGUGGCAGUCGGUGUUCUGAAAGAAUGGCCCGCCGCUGGUUUUGCUCCUCAUUUUCUUCCUUCGAGAAUGGUUCUUGUUUGCACUACUUCAUCGGGAGCAGUGUUAUGGCCUUUCCUCUGGAAUUUGUUACUGAUCAUCCUAUGUACUUUAUAUGCUGUGAAGACUAGGAAUUUACCGGAAAAUUUCAAUGAGGCCAAGUUUAUUGGGUUUACGAUGUAUUGCACUCUUGUAGUUUGGAUAGCUUUCAUUGUUCUCCAUAUGGGAACAGUGAACAAAGCUCUGACGAUGUCUUUCACAUUCUCUUUAUCAGCUUCAAUUGCUCUCGUUCUCCUCUUCUUUCCAAAGCUUUAUAUUAUCAUAUUGCACCCGGAGAAAAAUGUGCGUGCCUCAUAUACUACCACAAAACUUAUUCGAUGUCAUUUUGGAAAUUCUCAGGGAGCCUACGAUAGUAAUAAACAUUUAUCUUCUAAAACUACAACUCGUACAUCAAUGCAAUCUGGAGCGUCUUCCAGUAAAUCAUCUAGUUGUGGUGGUAUAACGAGGACAGCCAGUGUGCAUGUCCCUUCUACUAAUAAAGGUCACGUAGAUAUUUCAACGCAGACAGAGUCAUCAGGAGGGAGUCGUUUUGUACGGACAUUCAGCAUAGCAGGCGGGAAAAAAAGAACAACAAUGAUUGAUGAUGAUGUUGCUCAACUAGUUGAAGCUUGUCGUCGUUAUCAGGAUGAAAAACUUCAUGCAUCUUCUGCUAAUCUACUCUUAGAGGAGGAAGAGGUAGAAGUUGGUUCAAUGCUUGCUGAUUCACUGCAGUCUAUGCGCACUGUUCUGUCCACUGUGGCGGGAGGAGCUGUUGCCGCCGCUUCGACAGCUCCAUCAGGAGCUGCUACGAGACGACGGCAAUCUCUCGCUGUUUCCCCCACAGUUGAUUACGACGGUUUCGAAGAGUUGCUCCGUAGUCGAGGAGUUCAGCCGCUCACCUUUACUCAGGCUACACCCUUAUGA